AUGAAAUUCUUCCUAUUUUUCGCGGCACUUUGUUGGGGUUUCCGGUUGGGUGGGGCCGAUUAUGUGCGGGCUUGCUAUUUUACAAACUGGGCAAAGUAUAGACAAGGGUGCGCGACGUACAAUGUGACGCGAGACUACAUUCCCGGGCUAUGUACGCAUAUUUUGUUCGCAUUCGGGUGGAUGGACAGCACUUUUCAUGCGAAAAACUACGACGACACAGAUAUUGCAACCUCCUGGGCAGGUGCCGGCCAAUAUUCAAUGGUCAACGGCCUAAAAACAACCGAUAAAAGCCUCAAAACCCUUCUUUCCUUCGGCGGCGCCAGCUUUCCACAAUCACUAAUGCAGCAAAUGACGGCCACAUCCUCAACCCGUUCAACAUUCAUCCAAUCGGCCAUUGCCUGGGUGCGACAAUAUGGGUUUGAUGGGAUUGAUAUCGAUUGGGAAUACCCGACAACAUCAGAUAAAGCCAAUUACGCGGCGUUCGUCACGGAACUUCGAGCAGCCGCCGAAGCGGAGAGUGGGCAAAGUGGAAAGGCCAGAUUGCUCGUGACAGCCGCCGUGGCAGCUGGAUCCUCGAAUUUCGCGGGUUAUGAUGUGGCGGCGAUGGCCAAGAUUGGGGACAAAUGCCUGGGUGCAAAUGGGGUGCCGAAAAAUCAGCUGGUCAUCGGAAUGCCGGCUUAUGCUGUGCACCUUCCUAACAACAUCCGGAACGACGCGCUAUUGGCAAUCGGAUCAGGAAGUGCCCUAUCUGGGGCAUCUGGCCAAUGGUGGUCCUAUGAUGAUAUCGAAUCUUAUAAUGACAAGCUCGACUACAUCAAAAGGGUGGCUACGGCGGUGCGAUGGUUUGGGCGCUGGAUAUGGACGAUUUCAACGCGGGCUGCCCACAAUCCAACGAGUUUGGGCGGGAUUAUUAUUCCGGGUCAUAACGGCACCUCAACACAACCCACAAAUCGACCCACCAAUCCUGCGACAACCCAGAAAAGUGGAACAACGAGGACGACGACCACGACGAAGGGAGUGACGACAACAACGACACCGACCAAGGGCUUCUCCUGCGUGGGCAAAGCAGACGGCUUAUACUCGGACCCGGCCGACUGUUCCUCGUACUAUUGGUGUCUCUCCAAUGUCCCAUUCCAUUAUACAUGUCCGCAAGGGCUCCUCUUCAACCAAAUGAACAAUCAAUGCGAUUGGCCGGCAAAUGUCAACUGUCCAAACAGCUUC